AUGUCUUCGAAUUUGCGAGCUCCUCUCUCCUUCCCUUCGUCUGGUUUUGACCUGGUCGACAAGACGAGAAACAUAGAGGAGGAGACACUUCCUACUUACACACCAGAAAAAUAUUAUCCAGUUCAUUUAGGGCAGGUAUUCCAAGGCAGGUAUCAAGUUGUCGGAAAGGUCGGAUAUGGAGGCUCUUCGACUGUUUGGCUUGCCCGCGAUUUUCGGGAUGCCCGGCAUGUUAUACUCAAGAUGUGCGUUUCCUCGAGAGAACCAAGCCACGAACUCAGGAUUUAUGAGCAUAUAAAGGCUACAGAACACAGGGUUGAUCAUGUUGGAAAGGCAUUUUACCGCAAACUCUACGACUCAUUUACGGUUGAUGGGCCAUCUGGCUCUCACGUUUGCUUGGUUCAGGAGCCAUUGGGGUUAAAUUUGGAUCAAGUGCUUGAAAUGAGGCCUAACAACACUUUCGACCUGGAAUUACUUAAGCCCCCUCUGCGUCAAAUCUUAGCAGGUCUGGAUUAUCUGCACCGUCUUGACAUUAUACAUACCGGUAAGCUGCUCCUGGCGUGCAAGAGCCUACUAUCUGGCUUACUGACGGUUAUAAAAAUAGAUCUUCAGACUAGAAAUUUGCUGCUUGGAAUUGAUGACACAUCUGUCUUCUCUGUUUUUGAAGAGGCAGAGACUGAAUAUCAGCCAUGCCCCCGUAAGGUUCUAGAUGAUCGUACAAUCUACGUGAGCAGGCGAGUUCCUUUCUCGAGUCGAUUGCCGAUUAUUACCGAUUUUGGCGAAGUUAGGCUUCGGGAUGAAGCCCAUAUCGGCGAGGAUAUCAUGCCCGAUGUAUACAGAGCUCCGGAAAUAAUUCUCAGAAGUGAGUGGGACAUUUGGGUGGAUAUAUGGAGUGUUGCUAUGGUGUCUUGGGACAUUGUGAAAGGCCGCACCCUCUUCAAGGCUAGAAAUGAUGAGAAACUGUUGGAUGAUAGGCUUCAUCUAGCAGAGAUGAUUGCAAUCAUGGGUCCGCCACCGAAGGAGUUCUUGGAGCGCAGUCAAACGAGCCUCAUAUAUUGGGACGAAAAUGAAGGCGAAGAUGUGGCAGGUUUUCUCAGCUUCCUCCGCCGAAUCUUACGCUGGCUCCCGGAAGAACGGCCAACUGCGGGGGAGCUUAUGUUCGAUCCCUGGCUAAUGGAGGGUCUAGGGAAGUUCGGGCAGUCCAAGAAGCCAUAA